AUGGGGGAGGGACAGAGCGAGACGGAAGGUGCAGCCGGGAAAACUGUCCCCAACGGGGUAACCACGGAGGAAGUGCCCACCCAAUCUGGGCAACUGCCGGACGAGAGGGUGGACGAAAUUCUAGGCGAAGCGAGCGAUGAUGAAGGCGACCAGGACGGGGGGACAGGCGCCGAGAGUAGUUCCCCCCCGCAGGGAGACUACUUCUACAUCAACGACGCAAUCAAGCACAACUACCCCCUGGAAUACGAAGAGAACAAAAUUUACCCAAAGGUGUACUGCUACGAGCCAACCAACUUUGAAAAUUUCAAAAAAAAAAUAAAAAACAAAAACGAACUGAGACACUACGAAUGUUACUCCUCCACGAUGAACGAAUUCUUCUACAAAUACAACGACAACUACUACGAUGACAUUUUAAAAAAUGAGAGCUUCAAAAAGUUUGCCUUCGAGUUGUGGUCCAAAAGGAAGGAGAUCAAGAACGAAACAGAGUACCAUAAUUUAUGCAUCCAGUUAAGGAAAAAAUAUAAAGUGUGUCCCUCCAAGCAUCAGAUUAGUGUAGCUUUGCAACAUCACUAUUUGCAGGCGGCGCGUAACUCCAAGGGGGGGAAGGACUCCUUAUAUUCCCAUGUGGAGGAGCCCCCCAAUGCUGCCUCCACUUCACACACGUCUGACGUGUCGAACCAGUCAAAUGCGGGUGGUGAUGCCACCACGAACGAGGAGGCGGAAGGGAACACCACUAAUGGAAGAACAGGUGACGAUCAGAUGGACUUCCUGCAGGGGAAGUUACUCUCCGGAGGGGGUUUGCCAGAAUGGAGGGAAGACCCCCCCAAGGGGGAGUCAGAAGGGAAGGAUGAACAGAGGGAAAAGAAGCCGGCCAACCUAGUAACCACCGAUGAGGAGGAGGAGGACAAAAUCGAGGUGAACAAAAAAGGGAAGGACGUGAAGUUCGUUUUAGAAAAUGUCACCAACAUGAUCGUCACGACGGAAAUGAAAAACUACAAAGAUCUGGACAAGGAUAGUGUCCACUUUUUGCAAAUAAAUAAAAGAAAGGGUGUGCGAUCGAACAGCGGCGUGCUAGUCGUAACGAUUAUUACACACCCUCACAAGUUCAGCUGCAAGUAUGACUGCCACUACUGCCCGAAUGAGCCCAACCAACCGAGAUCCUAUCUCUCUACAGAACCAGCAAUUCUGAGAGCGAACCAGAACAACUUCGACGUGAUUUGCCAAUUCUUCAAUCGAACCACCACUUUAGUUAAUAACGGACAUGUGGCAGACAAGAUUGAAGUGCUCGUCCUGGGAGGCACGUGGAGUUCCUACGAUGUCGCAUACCAGAGGGAGUUCAUAAGGGACGUGUACUACGCAGCAAACAUAUACCCCCUUUUAAAAAAUAGAAGAAAAAAAUUCAGUCUAGAGAAAGAGCAAGAAAUUAACGAGACAAGUAAUUGUCGUAUUAUAGGGUUAACUUUGGAGACAAGACCUGACCAGAUAAAUAAAGAAGAGCUCAUUCGUUUACGAUCGUAUGGUUGCACGAGAGUACAGUUGGGAAUACAACACACAGAUGAUUUUAUUUUAAAAAAAGUCAAUCGUCAAUGUACGCUUAACGAUGCCAUUAGAGCUAUUUAUCUAUUGAAGGAAAAUGGGUUCAAAGUGGAUAUCCAUUUGAUGCCUGACUUGCCUUACUCAGAUGUGAAAAAAGACGUGGAAAUGUUUAAGCAGGUUCUGAGUUCCCCUAACUUGCAAGCCGACCAGUGGAAAAUAUACCCUUGCGAAAUUACUCCUUUUACGAGGAUUGAAAAGUGGUACAACAAUAACGAGUUUAAGCCUUACUUCGAAACGGACAAGAAUUUACUCAUCUGUUUGAUCUUUCUUGUGAAGAAGUCUAUCCAUCCGUGGAUCCGCCUGAACAGAGUCAUACGGGAUAUACCCAACCCGUCCAUAAUUGCCGGAAAUAACAUAACUAACAUGAGGCAACUCAUCGCCAACGAAAUGAACAUCCGAUCUAUUUUUUGCCAAUGCAUCAGAUGCAAGGAAGUGAAGAACCAAGAAAUUGAAAAAAAAGACGGCUCCAUUUUUUUGCAAAUAUACCAGUACCAUACGUUAGGGGGGGAGGAGUUUUUUCUGACCUUUCAGGGGGUGAAGAAGGCUAGAAAAGGUUCACCCAAUGGAGCCAAAAGGAAGAAAUCUAAGAAGAAGGAGGAGCAACAUCAGGGGGAUGGAAACGCCAAUAGCAAGCGAAACGGUGGGAAUUCCACCCAGGGGGAGAAUCUCACCGAGACAUACGCUGUGUCUCCCCAAAGUGAGGGAGCCGACGAAGAUUUUAUAGGACUCUCCUCUGUCAAUUUAUUCGCUGAGGGGGGAUACUCAGAUAGAUGUGUCACCCCGGAAUGUGGUGGGGAGAAUAUCGAGGUGAUCACACCCACUGGAGGGGCACCUUCCAAAGUGGUGACCACAUCGAACGGGGUGACCACAUCGAACGGGGUGACCACAUCCAACCGAUUAACUGCACUGCAUACGCGAGACGACAACAACGAACUGGCACUGUUGGGCUUCCUACGUCUGCGGUUGCGAAAUCAAAACGACUACUGUGAUGAUAGGCCUUUUAAGUGCCUAGAAGGGGCAGCCCUUAUUAGGGAACUUCACGUCUACGGUUCCUUACUAAAGCACGACGAUUUCAAGGAAGACCUUAACUUCGUGCAGCAUAAGGGACUUGGAAAGUGCCUAGUCCUCGUUGCAGAAUUGAUUGCCUACCACUAUGGCUAUAAAAAAAUGAGCAUAAUUGCAGGGGUAGGUACAAGGGAGUAUUAUAAAAAGCUUGGCUACGAAAAGGAAGAAACAUACGUCACGAAGGAACUGAAGAGGGAGCAUUUGCAUCAGCAGUAUUUGUUACAUGCCGACCGAAUUGGUAAACAGAUAAGAAUUCACAACUACAACUUGGAACAUUGUCUCUUCUUGAUGCAUAAGGAUAUUCCCACGCCGUCUCGUUACAAGAGAAGCGAAAUUGAAGAAGACAUGAAUACGUUUAUUCGGGAAAAUAUUCUGAACCUAGGAUCGGACGAGUAUCUGCACUGUCAGCAGGAGUGCAACGGAGUGUGCCUCAUAAAUGUUGAGAACGAUUUAUUCGCACAAGGGGAAGACAAGAAAUCCAAACAGACCAAGCUAGCGAAGUUGGCGAAGCAGAUUUCUGUGUGCUCUGUCCUUAGCCAGUGGACAGGGAAAAUAGUCCACUCUUACGGAACCAACAACUGGAUCCGUAACGCUUAUUUUUUGUUCUUUUUUAGUACCACCAUGUUUGUUGGUGUUUCGCUUUGGGGGCGCCGUCGCAUGGGGGGUCUCUGA